AUGAGGCCCAUUCUUCUUUCGGGCCACGAACGUGCCCUCACCCAGAUCAAGUACAACCGCGACGGUGAUUUGCUCUUCUCAGUUUCCAAGGACCAGCAGAUUUGCGUCUGGUUCGCGCACAACGGCGAGCGUCUCGGUACAUACCACGGCCACCAAGGUGCCAUCUGGACCAUUGAUGUCGACCCCACAUCCACCAUCCUCGCCUCCGGCUCUGCCGACAACACCAUCCGCCUUUGGGAGAUCAAGACCGGCAGACUUCUUAAGACAUGGGACUUCCCUACCGCCGUCAAGCGCGUUGAGUUCAGUGAGGAUGGCAGCAAGCUUCUGGGUGUGACGGAGAAGCGCAUGGGUCAUCUGGGUACCAUCGUUGUCCUCGACAUCAAGCUCGACGUUGACGCCGAGCAGAGCGAUGAGAAGGCCAUGACUAUCGUUUGCGAGGACAGCAAGGCCACUGUCGCUGGCUGGAGUUACCUCAACAAGUACAUCAUUGCCGGCCACGAAGACGGCUCCGUCUCCCAGUUCGACGGCAAGAACGGCGACCUCCUCUACAACAUCCCCAUCCACGAGCUCAACCAGCCCAUCACCGAUCUCCAGUGGUCGCACGACCGUACAUACUUCAUUACCGCCUCCAAGGACAAGACCUCCAAGCUCAUCACAGCUAAGGACCUGGAGGUCCUCAAGACCUACCCCGCCGACACCCCUCUUAACAGCGCUACCAUCACUCGCAAGAAGGACUUCGUCAUUCUCGGUGGUGGUCAGGCUGCCAUGGAUGUCACCACCACCUCCGCGCGUCAGGGUAAAUUCGAGGCACGUUUUUACCACAAGAUCUUCGAGAGCGAAAUUGGUCGUGUGCGCGGUCACUUCGGUCCCCUCAACACGGUCGCCGCCGACCCGACCGGCAAGAGCUACGCCAGCGGUGGUGAGGACGGUUACGUCCGUAUCCAUCACUUCGACAAGGGUUACUUUGACUUUAUGUACGAGGUCGAGAGGGAGAGGCAAAACAAGCUCAACCAGCAACAACAGCAGACCAUUUCUGCCUAA